CAGAAGCAGGGAAAGACUUUGUCGAUUUCCUCUUCAACCUUGUCCAUUUGCCCGUUGGAACCGUGGUCAGGCUGCUCACCGAACAAAGUCAACAAACCAUGUUGGGCGCUUUGGGAAACCUCUACCAAAGCAUCCAAAACCUCAGCGAAACCUACUUCGUAUCAAGCCAAACCAAAGACUCUGUCCUCAAACCAAAAGCCCCACUCUCUGCUACAAAACCUCCCCUCUUAUCACUCGACGGCGGCGCAUCCGCUGCUAAAAAGUACUACUGUUGUCCAAACUACUACCAAGGCCACCCAUAUGUAGCGCAUGAUGCCUGGGCCGUUUGUCCCAGUUGCAAAAAAAGGCUAACCAGUGAGUUAAAGUAUGUUGCGGGGACGAAUGAAGUACUGGCAGCCCUAGGGGAGGGAGGUUUUGUGAAGGGGGUGGUGAGUUAUAUGGUGAUGGAUGAUUUGGUGGUGACUCCCGUGUCUACGAUUUCUGCAAUUACAAUGUUGAACAAGUUUAAUGUCAAGGACGUUGGGGCACUUGAGGAAAGGGUUGUUCAUUUCGGGAUGCCUGAGGGUUUGAAGCUGUUGAAGGCAAGUUUGCACUCAAAGAAAGUGCUAACAAGUGUAAUCCUCGGAAACUAGGGGACUAGUACUUCGUUGGUAUCUGUACUUCUCUGCAACUGACAUCGACAAUGUCCGUUAUUACGAUGAAGGUUCUCCCGGUGGUUUAGAAUUUCGCAUGGUUUUUGUUUUCCCUUUCUUUUUCUUUUUUUUCCUCUUGGGGGACGAGGGAGGUCAUCUGGUGUUUUGUCUAAACUAUGUUUUGGUAAUUAUGUGGUUUCUCUUCUAUUCUAGGCAUGAAGGA